AUCUGUUCUGUUUUACUCGUGACUGUCUUAAAAUGACAGUUUUCAACAGUUUCGUCCAGUUUUGUCAUAUGAGAGAAUGUAUGAGACGUGAUACAAUUGUUACAUUGUGUAGAUUACUUUAAAUUACAAAAUCUUAGUGAUUCCAAUAUCGCAAUGUGCUGAAUUUCGAGAUAUAAGUGUCAUGCCUCGAGAAUCGUGGUAUUCGACGAUUGUCGAAUGGAAUGAACUUCAAUCACGCGUAUAUUGCAUCUGACGCGGAAUAUUCGCACAUCUGUUUUUCCCGUUUAGAAAGCGAGUUAAAGUGGAUUCUAGGAACAUGCAUUAACUGUCGAAACGUGAAUCAUACCAAUUAUAUCAAUUACACUAUAUUGGUGUUGUAUAUCGAAAGUCAUAUUUUGAUCAUGGAGGUUAUUGAUAUUAAUUAACAUUAAAUUGUAUAUACAGUUAGUAGAAGUUGCGUAAAGUUUGAUUUAAGUUAAAUUUAUUUAGUGAAAACACGACGCGAAACGCAUCGUGGUAUCAUGGAGAAGUUUAUGAUUGACUUGGACAAAGUCCUCAAUGACUUUGAAUUCAAUGAAGAUUGUGCAGAGCAAAUAGCAUCAGUCACAACUUCUACAGUUGAUGCAUCAUCUGUGGAGAAGCAUACUAAUGAAUCUGUGCCCCCAAAAAUGUAUAACUUUAAUCCUGAGAAAGACAUAACAAUCGAUGUAGCAUCAUCUGCUGAAAAAUGCAGAGAUAUUCGGCCAAUAGACGUUGACUCCAGUUACUCACUAACUGAAAAAAAUAUGGUAUUUAUAUCGGACAGUAAAGAUUCCGUAAAUAAUUUUUAUACACGUGAUCGUAUCAAUGACAUCACAACUGGACAGAAAUCAUGUGUUUAUACUUAUGAUUCUGAUCAAGUGUCUUCAACGAUGUAUAGUGACAUAUCACAAAACUCGAUACUGAAACAACAGCAUGCAAAUGAUUCAAAAGAUAGUGAUAGAUAUGACAAAAAAUUAAAUCAACCAAAUUUCAAACCUAGUAUCAGCAAUGUAUUUAAUAGCUUAAAUGAAUAUAUUAAUGCUCCCACUGGAAGCUUAAGUUAUGUUGAGCCUAUGUUGGAUAAAGCAGAUGAUUUAUCUGAAAGGUCUGCAGAUGACAUAGUGGAGAAAGAUUUUAGAUCGAGCAGAGAUAUUGCAAUUAAUGAAUGUUCAAUUUCAAUGGAGAAAGGAAUAAUGAAUGUAAUCGACAAGAAUAUUUUGGAUCAUAAAAAUAUCUUACCGACGGAAUUGGGUACAUUUGCCAAAGUCGAAAUUAGUAACAAACAAGAUAAUACAGUGCAGAAUAUUAUGUUUCAUCCUCCUCCAAUACAGUCUGAAGAAAGUAAUAGCAAUCCUGUAAUUUCUGUACCAAGCACGGCCAUCUCGAAACAUAAUAAUGUUACAACAGAUGCGAAACUGUUUAGUAAUAAAGGUGAUGUAGAUAAAAAGAUCAUGAUUAAUGAUACAUUAAAAAAAAAUUCUGACAGUAUCAUUAUCAAACAAAAGCAUUUAGAUUUGGAUCAGCGAGAUUCCAUCGACAAAUACACAUUUGUCGAAAAUAAAGAAAGUAUAGCAGAGACUACAAAGUUAGAUCAAAGUAUAACAAGCAGCGAAAUUCACGAUAAGAAUGUAGAAACAACUAAGAACAAUAUUUUCUCCAAUGUACGAAUGAUACAUACAAUUGAUACCAGCGACGACUUUUCAGAAGAAGAAUUAAAUCAGUAUUUAUUAGAAUUAGAGAAAGAAGAAAGAUCUAAAACAGAAAAUGUAUCACUUUCGGAUAAUACUUGGUUAUCACAAUCGUAUGACGAAUCGAGAAGUGAUAAAGAAAAGAAUGCCAGUCACUGUCAACGAGAUGACGAAAAUGUUAAUGAUGUGCUGAUAUUCGAGAAAUUUAUGAUAGGCGAACUUCCAAAAAUAUCACAGGAGGAAUUUCAGGAGAAGACGAAAACAUUUCCUGUAAUUGAUUAUAAUGUGGAUAUAUGUAAUGAAAAUGUGACAGAUGUAAAAUGUAAUAAUACUGUAAAAGUUGAUUUAAAUGAAAAAAGCAAUCAACUAAGAGACACACAAAAUAAUGAGCUAGACAAAACGAUAACAGAUAAUCAUGUAACUGAUGGUCAAGAUGUAGCAAUACAAGAGAAUAUUUUACAAACUAUACCUGAUAUCGCCGUUCAAGAUAAAGUUACAUCAAAGUUUGAAAAUACUGGAGAACAAUUGUAUAGUAAUAAUAUGAUACAGACAUUACAACAAGAUUCUAAUAGUGAUACUCUAUCACAGGAUAACAGCGACGCUUUAUUAAAUUUAUCAGAAAACAAAGAAGAUCAAGACAAGAGAGUAUACUGUGAAGAUAUUACCGAAAAUAACAAAGAUGUUUUUGUAGUACAUGAACCUCGCACGCAUGACAACGAAAAGAUCUCCAAGGUGGAAAUUGUAUCUAAAGCCAGUGAUACUCAUACAAAAGAAAAUCAGGAAAUUGAAAAACCGACCCGUCCUCAAACUUUAGAUAUUGUAUUGACGCAUGAUAAAAAUGAUUCCCAUACGUUCGGUAUGUUGCUUUAAUGUUUUAUUUUUAAACUUCUAUUGUUAUAUAAGUUGUCUCAAAUUUUAAUGGUUGAGCUAUCAGCACUUAUAUUCUAUAGGGGAAACAG